AUGAUAAGAACCGCCCAGAAGACAUUUACAGCAAGCCUGAGAAGUGCCUCGAAACAGCGCAUACCUAUUUCAGCUUCAAGCCUAGCUUUACGACCAGCGAAAGGCGCGCUAGCCCAACAGGAGCACCCCACCGCGAUCUCGAACAAGAGAACGUUCACAAGCUCUAGGAUGGUCUCGGCAGCUUCGAAUGGCACGCCUCAGGUGCCCAAUGAUUUCAACAAGGACCUCUACACGUCCCUCAAGGAGUACGACCCCGAGGUGCAGAAGUUGAUCGAGCUGGAGACUUACAGACAAUUCUGCGGGCUGGAACUGAUCGCUUCGGAGAAUUUGACCUCGCUUGCGGUCAUGGAAGCCAACGGCAGCAUCUUUACCAACAAAUACUCGGAAGGUCUGCCCGGUGCCAGGUAUUACGGCGGCAAUGAGCACGUCGACACACUUGAGAAUCUCUGCAGAGACCGCGCGCUCGCUGCCUUCCACCUUGACCCAAAAAUCUGGGGCGUCAAUGUACAACCCUAUGCCGGAUCGACGGCCAAUUUUGCAGCCUUCACGGCUUUGAUCCAACCGCAAGACAGGAUCAUGGGCUUGGCAUUGGCAGACGGUGGUCAUUUGACUCAUGGCGCUUACACGCCCAAGCGAAAGAUCUCUGCCUCUUCCAUCUACUUCCAAUCUCUGCCCUACGAGGUCGACAGGUCGACCGGUCUGAUCGACUACAACGCGCUCGAAAAGAACGCAAAGCUCUUCAAGCCAAGGAUCCUCAUCUGUGGCGCUUCCGCCUAUCCACGUGAUUGGGACUACAAGCGUCUGCGUGCGAUCGCCGACUCGCAGGGAGCGUAUCUCAUGAUGGACAUGGCUCACAUCUCUGGCCUCGUCGCCGCUCAAGUUCAGAAUGAUCCGUUCGAGGUCUGCGAUGUCGUCUGCACAACAACGCACAAGACCCUUCGUGGGCCGCGCGCUGGUCUGAUCUUCUUCCGCAAAGACAAGGAGAGCGACAUGGAGACUCGCAUCAACAACGCAGUCUUCCCGGCCUGCCAGGGUGGACCUCAUAACAACACCAUUGCCGGUAUUGCCGUUGCACUCAAACAAGCUGCUGAGCCUUCGUUCAAGGCAUACGCCACCCAAGUCGUCAAUAACUCUCGCGCUCUUGCCGAUGUUCUGCUCGAACACGGCUACGCACUGCAGACCAAAGGAUCAGACAACCAUCUCUCGCUUUGGGACCUGCGCCCCAUUGGUCUGACUGGCAGCAAGCUCGAGAAGGUCUGCGAUCUGUGCCACAUCACGCUCAACAAGAACGCCGUGAGCGGUGACACAAGCGCCGUCGUUCCUGGCGGUGUCCGCGUCGGUACUUCUGCCUUGACGAGCCGCAGCAUGCUCGAGAAAGACAUGAAGGUCGUCGGAGAGUUCCUGCAUCGCGCUGUCGAAAUUGCUCUGCAGUUGCAGAAGGAGGCUGGCUCCAAGCUGCUGAAGGACUUUACACGCGUCGCCACUGAAGGCGAUGGCAAGGGUCGACAGCUCCUAGCAGAACUUGGCAAAGAGGUCAUCGCCUUUUCGACGAGCUUCCCCUUGCCCGGCAUUCCCGAUGCUUCGACGAUCGUUCAGCCGUCGACCUCGAAUGGCACGCACUGA